GAAGCAUUUGAUUUGAAAAGAAUUCCUAAGAAUAUAAGAGUAAAGAACAUAAAUAUAAGCAAAUGUUGUAUAAAAUACUAUUUUCGACGGUAUUUUUGCUUUCAUGCCUUAUAUCUCAUCUCAUAGCCCAGGCCUAACACAAGCGGAUUGGGAGCACUGCAGGGGAAGACAUCCGUUAUGUCCAUCCGAUUGCCUCGACAUCCAGGAUCCGGUUUGCGCUGCAAAAAAAUCUCUGAACGAUCGCCACUGUUCUGCUUCGGGAGGAACAGACAGGGGCGAGCGUUGGAAAGGUGUCCGAAGACAUGCCUGGAAUUCCCAAAACCCGUUUGCGGAACCGAUGGACAAAUCUAUUUGA